CUCGGUGGUGGCGGCGACGUGGCCAGAGACACGCUCACGACUCUUGUACUGACCUUCAGCCGCUCCUUGGUUUCUCCUCACAACCAUGAGCGGAUUCCGGUUCCUCAACCUCGUCCGACCAUUCCUGCCCAUCCUCCCAGAAGUCUCGUCUCCUGAUCGAAAAGUUCCUUUCAAUCAAAAGGUGCUAUGGACGGCCGUGACGCUCCUUAUUUUCCUCGUAUGCUCCCAAGUUCCAUUGUACGGCAUCAUGUCGUCAGACUCGUCAGACCCGCUCUACUGGAUGCGUGUCAUCCUCGCCUCUAAUCGCGGAACUCUCAUGGAACUCGGUAUUACUCCCAUCGUGACUAGUGGGAUGAUCAUGCAGCUUUUGGCUGGUGCGAACCUCAUUGACGUCGACUUUUCGCUCAAGGAGGAUCGUGCGUUGUUCAGCGGGGCCCAGAAACUUUUCGCGUUGAUCAUCUCUCUCGGCCAGGCUACCGUCUACGUCCUCACCGGUCUCUACGGACAGCCCAGCGACCUCGGUGCCGGUGUCUGCCUCCUGCUCAUCAUCCAGCUCGUCUCCGCGUCGCUCAUCGUCAUCCUGCUUGACGAGCUUCUCCAGAAAGGCUACGGCCUCGGCUCUGGCAUCUCGCUCUUCAUCGCGACCAACAUCUGCGAAUCCAUCGUCUGGAAGGCAUUCUCGCCGACAACCGUCAAUACCGGGCGCGGGCCCGAGUUCGAGGGCGCGGUCGUCUCACUCUUCCAUCUCCUGUUCACAUGGAAUGAUAAGGGCCGCGCGCUCCGUGAGGCGUUCUGGCGUGAGCGCCUUCCGAACCUCAUGAACCUCAUCGCGACCGUCGUCGUCUUCGCAGUCGUUAUUUACCUGCAAGGUUUCCGGAUUGAGAUUCCGGUCAAGUCGAAUAGGUUCCGGGGUCAGCGCGGGUCGUACCCUGUCAAGUUGUUCUAUACGUCGAACAUGCCGAUCAUGCUCGAGUCCGCUCUCACCUCGAACGUAUUCAUCAUCUCGCAGAUGCUGUCUACCCGCUUCCCUAACAGCUUCUUCGUCAAGUUGCUCGGUGUUUGGGAGCCUCUGGAAGAUUCUCCACAGCUCGCUGCCAUCUCAGGCCUCGCGUACUACAUGUCGCCGCCUCACACCCUCAAGGCCGCGCUGCUCGACCCGAUUCACACUGUCGCGUACAUUGCGUUCAUCACCACCGCCUGUGCUGUCUUUUCCAAAACUUGGAUUGAGGUCUCUGGCUCUGGCCCGCGAGAUAUUGCCAAGCAGCUCAAAGACCAGCAGAUGGUGAUGGCCGGCCACCGUGAAGGCUCGAUGUACAAGGAGCUUAAGCGUGUCGUGCCCACCGCAGCUGCAUUGGGUGGCGCCAUCCUCGGUUUGCUCUCGGUCGCAGCGGAUCUCAUGGGAGCCAUCGGCAGUGGGACGGGUAUUCUGAUGGCGGUCACUAUCAUCUACAGCUAUUGGGAGAUCGGUAUGAGAGAGGCCUCCCCUGAGAUGGGCGCACUUGGAGAUUUGCUAUAACGAGCAUCUCUUGCAGCCGAUGAGGGACGUCAGGAUGGAUCCAAUGCAGCGGAUUCCAUGCGGGGUACAAGAGUACGCUAGCGCGAGAUAAUAUG